UCCUAUUCUGUUGGUUGGGAUGUUGUAGGCUAGGCCUCAGCCUGGGCUGUCCUUCUCAAUCAUGGACGAAUCAGUCUGCACCUUAAAACAUCAAAAUUAAUAUUUGUUUCGACGGGAGCGUCAAACGUUUACAAUUGCGAUAAAAUGGAGACUCUUUGGGCUUUGCGUCGAGUAAAAUGUACAAAGAGGCAUAACAGAAAAAUUUUGAACGGAAAGUGUUUCGGAGUAUUUGUCUUUCCCUUCAAUACCAGUUCUCGCGUUACAAUAAGGAGGUUAUACAUUUUGUUGUAAGAUCCUUGGGUAUUAUUACUAUUAUCAUGGGGAAAAGACAGCACCCAGCUCUUAUUCUAUUUUAAGUUUGUUAUUUAUUGUAUUGGAGCGCGGAUGAGCUGAAGAGGGGAAGGACCGUCCGUUCUGGAAGGGAGAGCACUCCCGUUGCGUAUCUAUGUAAACAUUUGACAAGUUGAACUGUUUUGGUGCAUGUCGCACAUCACACAUUCGUGAUUAAUAAUCUUCAAAUCAGUUGCAUAAACAAAUGUAGAUCUAGAUAUAGUAGUGAACGAAUUAUUUUUUAAGCACAUAUUUCCCUGAUGUAUGUUUUUCUUAAGUCAUGGGAAGAAGAAGAUCUUCAGCAGGGCUGGAUAUAAUGGCCAGGUGGAGGGGUGGGAACGGUAUUUCUACAGUGACAACAUUGGAAUUUAAUAUAGACUUGAAUUUUACUUCCUUCAUCAUGUGUACAUGGGCUUGUUAAAACAAGUAGUGGGCUUGAUAACAGUAUUUUUGGUCAUUGUCAUUUUGCCAUAGACACUGAAUAUUAUGGCUCAAGUUACAAUUGUUAAUAAACUUGGUCAUGGUGCCUUUGGAGAUGUGUACCUUGUGCAGAUGGGAAACGACCAUUAUGCUCUAAAGGUUGCUGAUGUAUCUCGCCUUCAAAAAUGCAGAGGCCCAGAUUUUGAUGUUGAAUCUGAGGCAAAGCUUCUGCAAAGAUUGUGUCACCCACAUUUGGUCCAGUGUUGUGGAUAUUUUCUACAAGGCACAUUUUUAUAUAUUGUCACUGAAUUUUGUCAGUGUGGAAAUCUCCAACAAUAUCUUCAAAAAAGGAAACAUUAUGUCUCUGAGAAGAAAAUAUUGCUUUGGACUGGUCAAUUAGCAGAUGCAUUGAGGUAUCUUCAUGCAAGCAAAAUUAUUCACAGAGAUGUAAAGACUGAAAACAUUUUCUUUGAUGUCAACCAGAAUAUAAAGCUCGGUGAUCUUGGUGUUGCCAGAGAGUUGCAACAUACAGAAGAGCCAGUUAUGUCAAAUGUGGGAACAAGAAAUUACAUGAGUCCUGAAGUUAUCUUUGGUGCAAAUUACACAACAAAGACGGACAUCUGGAGUUUGGGAUGUUGCGUGCAUGAAGCAAUGUCUCUAAGACCUACAUUUCAAACAAAAAGUAUGUGGGAGCAGAUGGAGAGGAUGAAAAAGGGAAGAGUACCACCAGUCCCAGACAUUUACAGUCAGCAGUUGAAAGAGUUGCUUCUUCUUAUGUUAGACAGAAAUCCUGACACAAGGCCGGAUGCCUUGGAGAUUUUACUGACAGUUUCUCAAAUCAAUGGCCUACCCUAUAAACCUGGUCCCCUUGAAGUAAUCAAAGAAGUUGAUCUUGACCCCAACAGUGUCAUUAGUAAAGUUCAUGAGUUUCAAGUGAAAGCAGAAUUUUCUGGCCCAUACAAAUCAUCAAAGAGCAUGGAAACUAGCACAACAGAAGUACAGAGUAUAGCUCCUUCAGAACCUGAAGUAAAGUCUGUCCCGAGACCUCUUCCUCAACCAAAGUCUUUCUCACCUCCGAGCCUAACAUUGCCUGCAGAAGAAGACUCUCAAAAGAAAAGUGAUGAUCAUGUCAAGGACAGGACAAGUGCCAGCACUGCAAAUGAACCAAGCAAGCCAAGUAGUAAGAACUCCACUAAGGAUGAGGAAGGCUCAGAAUCAUCAGCCUCUGAAUCAGAGACUGGCAUAGAAGACUCAAUUGACUCGAUGACCCUCACAUCCAAUAUGUCUCCCAGAAGCUUUCUUUCUCAGUCACAGGACAUGAUAGACCCUACUUUCAUGGAACGUUUGGCUGUGGAAUCUCAAGAAUGGUUAAGGAAACGUUUUCAGCACGAUGGGGAUAAUGAGGUCUGUUCGAGAAAACUGGCCCAGGACCCCCAAGCCGAACUCGACUCUGAAUGCCAAGUCACUCUUUACACCAGGGCUCAGAAUGUCAAGUUUCACAAGAGCACGGACAGCACAAUUUCUUCAUGACAUUGAGCCGGUUCAAGGUCCUGCAGAAAAAAUUGUUGUCUAAAUAUUUUUCACCUCUCUUCAGUAAUAGCCCACAUUUUUUCAUUUAGUAUCUGUUAAGAUUGUGGGUGUUUUGUUGAAGUUAUAGAGGUAAUGUCCAUAUGUUAUUAUAGUUCUUUUACUCCUGAGAAGAAUUUAAGCCACGACUGCUGACAAAAAUAAUUUCUUAAAAAGAAAGUAAUAGAACCUACUAGCAGUACCAUCUAUUUAACCAAAUGAAAAUUAAGGAUAAUAUUUAUUUUUUUUGGUAAACUCCAUGUGCCAUGGCAUUCAGACUAGCUAUUUAAGCACUGUUACAUUUGAGAUCACGACCUAUGAUCAUCUUUGCGGAUGCAAUCUGAGGGCUCAGUUAGUGUAUAGUCACAUAAAGUCUCUGACUCUGAGGGCUCAGUUAGUGUAUACUUGCAUAAAGUCUCUGAGCAGGUUUGGGACUGACCUCAUAAUACCUCCAGUAGUGAAAAGUUAAAAUGUGCAUACCAAAGCUCUUAUGCUUUAACCAUGUAAAUGGUUUCAUUAAAAUUCUCAGUCAGUAAUAAAAACACCCUUCUAAUAUCUAAUUUCACUUAUUAAUGAAGACACAAAAGGUGGCACAAAAGUACAGUAGUCUCCGCCUAAACGUAUGUCAUACAAAGGCACGCUCCGCUCAAACGCACGCUUUCGUCUUAUGACGAGUUUUUACUAUAUAAUUUAGACGUACAAAUGCACAGUCACUUGUUUUAAACACACACUUCAAUUUGCGAAACAUGUCUACAGGCAAAGCUUGACAAGGGGAAAUUUUCACUGCAGUCUACAUACCUUGACAAGCCUAGACAACUGGAUACAGUGGAAUUUAGAUUCAACGAAGUCGUCGGGCCUGGCCUUCAAUUUCAUAGAAUCGGAGUGUUUGUUAUGGAAAAUAUGAGGGUUUUGUGUAGAUAAUUACAGGCACCGAGCAAGUAAAGACAUUCUCAAUCAAAAGUAGUUGGGCUUCAAAUGAGAGGCAUUUUCAGGGUUUUUGUACCAAUGAAUUGCUCGAAAAUUUCAGGAAAAUACACUGAACUCUACCAAGCACACACUGUGCGAAAGGGCCGAUUUGUUCAAAUGUACGCCUGUGUCAUCUAUCAUCUAUUGUAUUAUCUAUGUAUUGUUUGCCAAACAAGUUAUGUUGCUGUGUAGAGCCUAGUAACGUACAGCAACGUUUGAUUCCACUGUCCGGUCCAGCAUUAUCCUAUCAUUUUAAUAUUGAUCAGUAACCUAGGAAUAAAGAUAAACUGUGUCUCAUUUGUAUCUCUCUACUGAUGUUCCACGCCCGACCGUUUGAUCCCCCUUCCCCCAUCCCUCCUCCUACCCCCUGGACACGCGCACACCCAGUCACACGUCACAUGUGUGCUGGCCGCCCGUCCGAUCCCGGCACACGCUAAGACAUGAGUGCGUGAUAACAAUGCGUACAUUGGUAUGGAAGGAGGCUGAGGGUUGGUCGCAUACGGUAUGAUAGAGCAGUUCAUCCAGCAAGCGACUUUGUUGAAUCCGAGCUUGCUCAUUUAUGUUUUCUUUGAAACCAAGUUGUUUUUAUUGAUAUUUAUGAAUUAAAAAUAUCGCGGAAUCCAA